AUGUCCAACGUCCUGGUGGAUGGCUUGUCCAAGUUUGUUCCCCUGUCCACGGAAUGGACGGUCAACGCCAACUCCUUCAGCUGGCUCAGUCGGACGUUUGGACACCCUGCCCCUGCUCGGUGUCGUAACUUGUCAGAGAAGGGUGUGGUGUUGGCGUUUGUGGCGUGCCAAUGUAGUGUGGCGUUGGCAGCUAGGGAGCAGUGCCAGUGUAGUGUGGUGUUGGCAGCUAGGGAGCAGUGCCAAUGUGUGGUGUUGUUGAGAAAGGAACUAUAUCGGCAUGUAUUGAACAUGCUGGGGAGUGUACCACAGCCUGUGUUCCCCUGGGUGUACUGGUGCAGGCACACACUCCCUACCCUCAUCGCCUCACACAGGUACCGGGCGCUGGUGCUGUCGUCCAUGCUUGUGGUCACUAUUGUCUUGCUCUCCGUCCCAUACGUACCUGAGAGGUUACUUGGCAUCCGUUCGCCUGCAAAUGUUCUUGGGUCAUUCAACUUGCCACAAAACAGCGAGAAGCCCACAGAGCCAACAGACAUCAAGAAACAUGCCCUCCAGAAGAGACAAAUUCCACAUAAAUUCUGGGCACGAGCCCGUCCCCACAAUAAGUUUAAAGGAAGAAAAAAGCACCCCAAACUUCAACCCAGUCAACCUCGUUAUGACCGCCAUAAUGAUCUAGCUUUAAGGAGAUGGUGAUAUAGUUAGUUAGUUUAGUUCAUUUAUUAUGCACCCAAUACCCAUCUUGAGGACGGUAGUGGAAAGGGUUAAAGAGGCACAUAAUGGGCUCAGGGACUGAACCCUAUAAUUCAUUUAGCUAAGC